CUCAGCCUCGCAACAACCGCCGCUAUCCUCUGCUUCGUCUCCCGCUUGGCUGCUCGCUGCGCCGCCGCGCUCAGCCGGCCGCCAAUGGAGCGCCUCCGCCUCGCCGUGUCCCACCGCCCGGCACUCCCCCUCCCUGCUCCUCACAACCACCUGCGCCGCCGCCAUCUCCAGCUCCAGUCCUCCCCCAAUUCCCUCUCCCUCUCCCGCCCCAUCUCCCCCCACCUCUCCCCCACCCCUCGCCGACACCUCCACCCUCUCCUCGCCUCCGCAUCCGCCACCCAAGCCGCAAGCUCGAGCCCUGAGCCCACGCCAGCCCCCGUCGCUGCCGUGAGCUCGGCCGGCGCGAAGCUUAUUCCCCUCAUCGCCUCCGUCGCGGUCGGCCUCGCCGUACGAUUCCUGGCGCCGCGGCCCGCCGAGGUGACCCCGGAGGCGUGGCAGCUCCUCUCCAUCUUCCUCUCCACCAUCGCGGGGCUCGUCCUCGGCCCGCUCCCCGUCGGCGCCUGGGCAUUCCUCGGGCUGACCGCCACCGUGGCCACGCGGACGCUCCCCUUCACCGCGGCGUUCGGGGCGUUCACCAACGAGGUCAUCUGGCUCAUCGUCAUCUCCUUCUUCUUCGCACGGGGGUUCGUCAAGACCGGCCUCGGCGACCGGGUCGCCACAUACUUCGUCAAGUGGCUCGGGGGCAGCACUCUCGGUCUGUCCUACGGUCUCACCAUCAGCGAGGCAUGCAUCGCGCCGGCCAUGCCCAGCACCACGGCGAGAGCUGGAGGAGUGUUCCUUCCCAUUGUCAAGUCGCUGUCACUAUCGGCCGGCAGCAAGCCGAAUGACCCGUCAGCAAAGAAGCUUGGUGCCUACCUUGUGCAAUCUCAGCUGCAGGCAUCUGGCAACUCCAGUGCUCUUUUCCUGACUGCUGCUGCGCAAAAUCUCUUGUGCCUGAAGUUAGCAGAGGAGGCCGGUGUCAAGAUUGCAAGUCCGUGGAUAUUAUGGUUCAAGGUUGCCAGUUUGCCUGCCAUCAUUGCCCUCUUAGCUACACCCUAUUUGCUAUACAAAAUAUUCCCUCCUGAAAUAAAAGACACUCCUGAUGCCCCUGCAUUAGCUGCUCAAAAGCUGGAAAAAAUGGGCCCAGUGACGAAAAAUGAAUGGGUCAUGGUUGCUACAAUGGUUCUUGCAGUCUCACUCUGGAUUUUCGGGGAUAUUAUUGGUGUGUCGAGUGUUGUUGCUGCAAUGAUUGGGCUCUCAAUUCUUCUUCUGCUUGGAGUGAUGAACUGGGAUGAUUGCUUGAAUGAAAAAUCUGCAUGGGACACCUUAGCUUGGUUUGCAAUUCUAGUUGGAAUGGCGGGGCAGCUUACUAACCUCGGGAUAGUGUCAUGGAUGUCAAAUUGUGUUGCAAAGGUUCUCCAGUCUUUCUCAUUGAGUUGGCCUGCAGCAUUUGGUGUUCUUCAGGCUUCCUAUUUCCUUAUUCACUAUCUAUUUGCAAGCCAAACUGCACAUGUUGGAGCACUUUACUCGGCAUUUCUUGCCAUGCACCUAGCAGCUGGUGUUCCUGCUUUACUGUCUGCACUCGCUUUGACAUAUAAUUCAAAUCUCUUUGGUGCACUAACACAUUAUAGUAGUGGGCAGUCUGCAGUGUACUAUGGAGCGGGGUAUGUUGACCUUCCUGAUGUGUUCAAGCUGGGGUUUGCUUCAGCCGCAAUUAAUGCUGCGAUUUGGGGAGUAGUUGGUACAUUUUGGUGGAAAUUCUUGGGGCUUUACUGAGAGUUAUACUGCAGUGUAAGUUGACGAAAAUUGUACUGUACUACACCUGUAACUCAUGGGCUCACCGUUCUGGAGCAGGCCCAUUUUUGUUCAGAGGUGCUCGGUGGAAUGUAUAAUAAGGGAGCAGCGUUCAUUGUUGGAAGUUUUGAACAUGCUACAUUUGUAAAAGAAAAUGAUCAACCCAGAAGGGUUCACAUAUGUUGCUAAGACUCUUGUACUCGAUGUGGAUUUUUGCAGAAGCAGAACUAAAUUCAAUGGAGGGAUAAGUUUCGAUCCUGAAACUGCAUUU